AUGCCAGACCGCGCCCAAGGCUCUCGCGGCUCUCGCCCCCCGACGAUGCGCGAAAACUCAAACUCGCUCUACUCGGCCUACUCGCCCAACUGGGACACACCCCGCGCCUCUGUCCUCUUCUACAACCCCCCCCAACCUUCCCAGCCCAACACCCCCCUCUACGACGACGCGCCCCCCGUCCCGCCCCUCCCCCCGCCUCUCCCCACGCCCCCGGCCUUGCCGCCGAAAGAUGCGACGGUACGCGACUCGAUCCCGCUGAGCGGGUAUACGGGCUCGCCAGACCGUACCGACUUUCUCGCGCACUUGCCUGAAGAGAUCCGGGGGGGAGGAGUGUACCAGGGUGAUCUCGAUGCAAAAGUCCUCGCCGAGCUGCUCAGCCCGCGCAAGUCGUCCAGCAUCAAGAGCAAAAGCUCUAGAACCAGGACCAAGUCGCGUACCAGGCAGACCGACACUCCCCCUCCUCUCCCUCCCAAACCCGCCCCCCCAACACCUUCCACCUCCGUCUACGCCUCCUCCAUAGCCUACUCCGACACAUCAGUCACCACCGAAACGCCCGUCCAGCCCCGGACCGCCAUCAGAGGCCGGCGCGAGACUGUCAGUCAGGCGCAUGCCCACCUGCUCAACCCUUCUCUCGCCAGCCUCGUCCACUUGUCCCAAACGCACGAUGCCGCUGGCGGCGAUGGCGCGGGGGUAGGAGGGCUGGGGGCGGCGUUGGCCAACUUGCCAUGGGCCGAACCUCCUCCCCGCUUGCCCACGCCUUUACAAUCACCAACAACACCCAUCACACCCUCACCCCUCCUCCCCUCCCCCUCCCCCGGCCUCACACCCUCCUACGCAUUCCUCGCCUCGGACCCCCUCCCCUCUUCCUCCCUCCCCCACUCCCAUUCCCGAAAACCAUCCACCUCCUCCUCUUUCCGUUCUCGCCCAGACUCCCGACUCGGACCCUCCGACGUACCGAUGUCGCCGUCUCUCGGGCACGCUUCUGCCUCUGCCUCUUUUGCUGCACACGGCUUCCGCGACGGGUAUGGAGAAGGGAACAGGCUCUCGAAUGGGAGUGGCUAUUCGGGUAUGGCAGAUACAUGGGAAGGCGGAGGUGUCACGCCCUACGUCGAUAUACCCGCUGAAUACCUCACCUCCGACUGGGUUGACCACCCCGACCCCGACGCCGACUCUCAUUCCGGCGCUGCGACACUCGGCUCCUCCUCCCACCACCCCCCCUCCAAAACCCGCUUCUCCAUCGACCCCUCUUCUUCCGGCCAUAGCCAUACGCCCAGAUCAUUCUCCCUCUCCCGUACAAAAUCCUCCCGCUCCACCCGCUCCACCCGCUCCACCAAAUCCACCAAAUCCACCCGAUCUUACUACAACACCCGCCGAGCAUCGACGAGUACGUUGGGGCAUGUGUUUGCGAAGCGGUGGGAAGUGCGGAGGUACGACGAUCUCGAGCGGGAGCGGGGAUUGAGGAGUGCGCCGUUGGACGGCGGACGUGUCGGGCCUGGGGGAAGGUCAGGAAGGCAAGGAGAAGGGGAAGGGGAGUGGGACGGACAUGGAGGCGAAGGAGGCGAAGGAGGCGGCGAAGAGGAAUGGAUGGACCUAGGAAGUCUUGUAGGGCGCGCUGUCGUAUUGGAAAAGAUGUUGAGGGGUGGCAAACGUCUAUCAAACCAAUCCAAAAAAGGAAGCUACCGUCUCUCCCGCUUCACCUCCUCCUCCACCCCUUCCGCACACCGCCCCUCCAUAUCACUCUCCUCCCAAGCCCAGGCCCAGUCAACUUGCCAUCACCUCGAUCUUCCCCCGCCAUUACCGAGCAAAAGCGUCUCUCGAUCCCCCAUGGGGAUGAAUGGUUCCAACACCCCGCGCUCGUCUUUCACCGCCUCCAUCCCCGCCUCCAUCCCCGCCUCGGGGACUGGGAGAAGGUCGAAACACUCUUCAACCACGCCUUCUACAACCUCCGCCUCUGCCUUGGCUGCAAAAAGACGGACUCUGCGUGAUAGGCUUUCGAGAAGGUUGAAAAGGUCGAAAAGCCGGGAAGACACGUUUACCGAACUGGGAUCUUCUGGUGACGAAGGCGCCGGCGGAGAGCAGAAAGACGAAGACGAGGAAGGGGAGGGGGAGGAGGAGGACCCGGGGAUGUUUCCUGAUCAGUUGGACGCUGGGGAUGGGGAUCGUCCGCCGAGGCCUGUUAGUAAAGGUGCUUGGAGGAUGAGUCGGCGGUUCAGCCGGUUGGCUACCGUUACCGCUGGUGGUGCUACUCCCCGGGAAGCCAGAGAGAAAGAAGCGAAAGACGGACACGUUCAAAACGUUUGCAAAGAGAAGGAAGCAAAAGGCAAAGACAGGAUAGGCGGUCCAGGCGUCCUCGUCUUUCCCGAAGAACUCUCCCCCACCCCGACCCCUCCGCCCGCGCCCGCCAAAGACCUUCACCUCAUCUCCAUCUCCACCUCCAACCUCCCCAACGCUUCCAAAAAAAACAAACAGGGCACGGGAAAACAUGGCAAAGCCCUGCGCAUCCCUCAUUGUUUGACGCCGACGUCGCCUACGCCAUUGUUGUCUGAUAUGGAGAAGGGUUUGGGGGGUGAACAGGAUGGCCCUUCCGCCAACAGCAACAGCUCCCGCGGUCUAGUCCAAGGCGACGACCCCGCCUCCGCCCCCGCCUCCGCCGCCGCCGACGCCGCACAAGUCGAGCCCGAAAAGUACCACCAAUCCCCCCACCUAGGACACCGUUCCCCCACCUGGCGCCACCGUCAAUCCAUCCUAUCCACCCUCUCCACCGGGCCCGCCUGGACGCCUGUCUUAUCCUGGCGCGAGUGGUGGACCGCGCAGGGGGGUAGUAAGGGGAAGAGGAAGAGAAGGUUUUUGAUGUUGGGCGCUGUGGGGGCUGUGGUGUUGGUUGGCGUUGUUGGGGGUGUUGCGGGGGGCGUUGCGGGCAGGGGGGAUGGGGACUGA